AUGUGUUACUCCUGCAGCACCAAAGGAUAUUUUUCUAGCCCAUGCAAAGACGGCCGAGGUCCUAUGGUAGAUAGGCGAACGGACGAACUUGAGAUGGCAAGGCCUGCGCAGAACUAUAGGCCUGUAACCCCUGCUCAUCCGGUGUCACGUCUUCCUAGCCGCCUGGAGGCACGAGCAUCCUCCUCAAGCCGCUCUGAUGGUGGAUCCAGCAGGGCAAGCUCCAGGCAGGGUAUACCAAGUCAGGCAGUUUCCAGCCUGGCUACCUCCAAUCGGCCUAUAUCCAGUCGUGCUAGCUCUAGUCAGGCUAGCUCUAGGCCACAGGGACAAUCUAACCUUGAAUACCAACCAUCGAUCAUGUCUGCUGACUCGAAAGAGUCGCUUGCAAACGGCUUGAUGGCUUUAAGAUUCGAGAUCAAAGACAUGGGCGAACGCAUACAAUACCUGAUUGCUCUCAGAAAGCGUAUGUCCCAUAAGCAGAAGAAGAUCGAUGAAGCGGAGUAUGAGCAGGCACUAAACUCGCCGUCGAUGAUUGUUCUUUACGAGUCGUACAAACACGCGGCCGACUUUACUGUCGACUGCAAGAACGCCUACGAACAGAGAAUGGCUCAGUAUAGCAACAGGUUCGCCCGCGCAACUGCAGAAGAUCAGAUGGAGAUAUAUGCUCUGCAAGAGCAAUGGAUCAGAGCUGCAGUCAACACUGCGGAGCAGCGAUUGCGCUAUCUAGAGCAGUUUCCAUGUGCCUAUCAGAACAAACAGUCGAUCAGGGGCCACAUCACUGCAGCAGAAGGUUCAAUGAACGCGGCAAAGACUGCUCUGAAGGAUGUGGAGAUGAAUAAGAGGGUCUUGUUUGCGAAGAUGAGCAGGGAAGGCCCCUGGGUUUGA